GGCUGAUUUAUGGUUCCGCGUUACACCAACGCAGACCCUACGGCGCAGGGUACGCCGUAACCCUACGGCGUAGGCUCUGCGUCUAUUUAACGCGGAACCAUACUUUAGGCUUCAGUUCCUGAUGAAUCAGGCCGGCCGCGGCCGACACCUUUCCGCCUGUUUGGUUAGAAGUCCGGUCUCCGCAGGUGCGUUCAAUGGUCGUGAGAAACGGCGGUGCGAGGACUGCGUCGCUGAUGUGCGCUGAUGUGACGCUUCUCCGCGUCCCCUGGACACGCACCGCACUGCGCCAUGGCGACGACAAACUCAUACAUCUGAGUUUAUAGGAAGUCGACUCAACAGGCAGCUGUUAAUCGUGUAACAUGGUGGAUUACACUAUCACAGAUGUCCCAGGAACUCUUGAUUCAAAGACCCGUGGCCCUUGUAAAAUGGAGGAGCUGACUGUAAUGGCAUUGCUGGAAUGUCCCCUGUGUUUGGAGCAACUGGAUGCCACGGCAAAGGUCCUGCCCUGCCAGCACACUUUCUGCGUGUCCUGUCUGCAGCAGAGGGAAGCCGCCCAGCCUCAGCUGCUCUGCCCAGAGUGUGGCGUCCCUGCAGCGGCCAGGACGGCGGCAGAGCUUCCCCAAAACCUCCUACUAGUGCAGCUGCUAGGAGGGCUCCAGGGCAGGGAGGCUCAGAGAGUCCACCAACCGGCACCCUUGGCCAGGGUCACCUUGACAGCCAGGGACGGGCAACAGCGAGAGAGUCAGCACAGGGACAAGCAAGGACUUAAUGAGGUGGCUCCCAGAACCUCAGCAUAUAAACAACAAAGUGAAAUAUCAAGGGAGCUGUCCAGUAGUAUCCCUCCAAACCACAAAGUGGAAGACAACUGGCACAGUGAAGACACCGGUAACAAUAGCAGAGCAUCAGUGGAUGCGCUGCAGGCAUUCAGUCAGGCAUCUCAGCUUCAGCACCUCCAUCAGGCCCAAGCUCUGCCUCUCUGCAAGGCGCUGCGGGACUUUGACCCCGAAGAGAUGAACCGGGAUGACAGCAAAUAUUGUCUCAGCUUCCUCAAGGGGGACAUCCUAACAGUCAUCAGACGAGUGGAUGAGCACUGGAUUGAAGCCAAGCGUGGAGAAAAAGUUGGAAUUUGUCCUCUACAGUUUACAGAGCCUUACUCUGCUGCUGCCAAACUGUUAAAGGGAAAGAGUCGGAGGGGGGGUGACUCAGCAGAAUCUCCCCAUCAGGCUGGGAGCGGGGGCAAAGACAAGGCCACUGACACAUCCAGCAGGACAGCCCAUUACGGAGCACCCUGGGUCCCAGCAAAGACAGCCCCCCUCAGCGCUUCACCUCUCUCCAUCCAGCAGAAACAGUCCAAAGUCGGCGGCAGCAACAACUUUUACCAAUCUCACGCCUACCACUACACCUCCGAGCACAGGGGUCAGACACAGCGUGUCUCGCUGCCCUCAGCUGCACGGAGCAACUCAUACCCCUCUAGAGUGAAUCCCCUGCGACUUAGCCACCACUCUGAGCAUCACAGACGCCAUUCACAGAGUGAGAGGAAGAUGACCAGUGAGACUCCACCCACCAUCUCUAUGGCUCUGAUAAACCCCCAAGUGCCCUCUGCCUCUGCAGACGGCAGAAACUCCUCCACGCAGCAGCUCUCCAUCAGCGUGUGUGCCGUCCUGUACUCGUAUAAACCUCGACGACCGGAGGAGCUGGAGCUGAGGAAAGGAGAGAUGGUGGGAGUGUAUGGAAAGUUCAAAGAGGGCUGGCUGCGUGGGUUGUCUCUCAGAACAGGCAAAGUGGGCAUUCUCCCAAGCAACUACAUCACACCUGUGCUCAGAACCUCAGCUCGACUUCUGGAAACCAAGGCCACUAAUCCGUCCUCGCAGUACCACACAGCGGCUGGAAAAAAACCCACCGUUUCAAAGAAUCCUGCUGUGGUCCUUGCACUUGACAGGGUGAACGGUGAUGGAGCGAUUUACUCAACAGGACAGCUCCAGUCUGUGCCAAGUGGAGCACAGCAUGCAAUGUCAUCCACUGCCUCCGUAAAACCAUCUUUCUAUGGGAGUUCUCAAGGUUGGGACACCGUAAGGCGUAUUUUUAACCCACACAGAGGCUCAAACCAUUCGUCUCAACUGUCCAAUUUUAGUAUUCCGUCCAACUCGCAACACUUUGCACAAGUUCAGGCGUCAGGUUACUCACCUGCCCUGCAGAGGAAGAAAAACAGCAGCAUCCUAAACUCCAAACCACUGGGCUGGAUGACAGAGCCAGCAGCGCCCUCUGCUGCUGCAGUCAUGAACUUAACCUCCUCACAUGAGCCAUUUCAGCAUCAAAGGCAUCAUACAAAUAUCCCUCAGUCAAUUCUGGUCAAACCAGACACACACAAGAAUAACACAGACAAGCUUCCAAAGUCUGUGAGGUUCCUCUCAGCUGAAGAAUCCCCUCCUCCAAGACAUCGAACUUCUUCUUGGUCGUCAGGAACUCAGGUUCUCCCCAACUGCCGUCCUGGACCCCCUCUUUUAGAAGUGUGGGCUCCAUCACUCACUCUGGGCAGAGAUGGACCAGGGAUCAUUCUCAAAGAAGGGAAAUCUCCUAUUCUCAGGACAGGCCUUGAAACAGCCAAUCCGAAUUCUAACCCACAGAAACCACCGCCCUCACAUCCCCCCCUGUCAGCCUUGUCAGCUCAGUUCAGCCCCAGCAGACACAGAGUGAUCACAACACAUUUAGCCCAGACAGACUCGGAGCUCUGCCUGCUGCACGGAGAGAUGGUCCUCGUCCACAGACCUCGAGCGGAUGGGCGGGUUCUUAUUACUCAGGAGAGCAGUGGACAGACUGGAUUAUUCAAUAGCACUAUUCUUCAAGCCCUUGAGAGGCUCAGCUGACUUUGUAUAUCUGUUGUCCUCAUGUUUAUUUCUACCUUCUUUGUGUUCAGACUGCCACAACACUUGACUAGCCAACUGAACAUGAUGUGUAUUUAGGUCCAGAUGAAAUGUUAUAUUGGUUCUGACCGAAUAUCAGGAUCUGUUUAAAUUGUUUGGAAAUAUAUUUUAUCUUUUAUUUUGUACGCAUGUUUGUGACAUGUACAUGUAAGACAUUGCAUUAAAACCCACUUCAUGACUGUUCCCUGUUUCAUGCCCAUGUCAUACACACUAUGGUGAGUGCCUUUGUUGAAACCCACUAAAGAAACAAAUUAUAUUUGAAUAUAUUUAGACAUAUUAUGAGAUUGAAUUUAUGUACUGGUUUCGUGUCAAUAAAGUAUACUUCUGGAA